GCCCGAUAUUUCGCAAUGAGUUCACAACAACUUAUCGCAAACGAGCUAUUGGCGUUUAUACAAAAUGCUCUCGACACCAUGGACGAAAUCAGCAUCAUGCAGAUUUGUAGGUCGAGUUUCAAAGAAGACGAGAUCAGCAAAGGCAAGAUGCUACUCUACCAGACGACUGGGAAGCUCGACCAAAUGCCAUCGAGGAGGAGAGAUGGUACGGAUAAGAGCGUCCAAGACAUCAUCACCUUUCUGAAGGCGACCGACCCUGACGACGUGCCGACAUUCGUGGCGAAGGAGCUACACAAGUUGCCACCCGUCACAUUCGACCACGUAGAUGUAACCAGGCUGCUAAAGGAUAUCACAUCCUUGAAGUCAAGCUUGGCCCAGAUGCAGAGCAAGUUGGAGACGUCUGACACUACCAUCCAGGAACUGCAUGCCGAAAUAGUGUUGUUACGCAAUGCUGUUUCGGAAAGUAGAUUUCAAGGCGAAGCCAACGUGAACACACGUCGCGGGGCGCAAAAUGCUUCAGUCAGCAGUUUUGCAUCGGCGAAAUUUAACACAUCGCUUAUUGCAAAUAAUGAUGUCGAUGCACCGUGCCCCGACGCGCCCCGUGUCUCUCCACGUGCAGAGCACAUGUCACGCGAAGCUAUGUCGACCCCCAAAGUAGCUUACGCUGCAAUUGCUGCCGCAAACAAAACAGCUGCGUCACAAUCUAAGCAGCCAAAAGGGGGUAAGCAGAACCGUCGCUGUGAAGCCGUAACAAGGAUUCCGAUACAGCGCUGUCCAGAAAAGCCUGUGUGUGAUGAGGAGGGCUUCAUCAAAGUUCAAAAGAAGAAGCCUACUUCACGCAAUCAACGCGGUACCGGACUGACCGGACCUAACAUGCUGCGUCCAGCUGUGCCUACGACGCUGCUGUAUGUGUCCCGAUUACACCACUACACGAAGGUUGAGGAGAUCGUGGAGUAUGUGAAGAUGAAGACCAAUUGGACCUUAAGGGUCGAGAGGUUGGAACCGCGUCACAAUACCAACUUCAAGUCGUUUGUGGUGCGAGUUCCUACUCAACAUCUCGACAAAUUCCUGGAGGCAGAGUUUUGGCCGAAGGGUGUUCGAGGUCGCCUACGUGACACCGACCAGCUAUCUGGAGGGCUUAGUACGAGUUUGUUUUAUGUUAAGCACGAGAUACGAGUGCGCGUUCGGCGGUCUGAUUGGCUAGCUCCAAUGAACCAACCACUAAUAAUGCCGAACGCGGUUUGCUUCGAUUAA